AUGGGGGCCGCCGCCGGCCGGAGCGCCCACCUGGGGCCCGCGCCCGCCGGCUGCCCGCUGCUCUCCCUGCUCCUGCUGCAGCUGCUGCUGCUGCUGCUCGUCUUGGCCCCGGGAGCCGCGCGGGCCCAGGGCGCCGAGUUCCCCGAGCUGUGCAGUUAUACAUGGGAAGCUGUUGAUACCAAAAAUAACAUGCUUUAUAAGAUCAGCAUCUGUGGAAAUCUGGAUAUUGCCCAGUGUGGGCAAGCAAGUGCUGUUUGUAUGUACGACUCCCAGACAAGCAGCUAUCACUCUGUGGGUGAUUCUUCUUUGAAAACUGCAACCAGAUCUCUUCUGGAAUUCAACACAACAGAGACCUGUAAGCAAAACACAAAUCACAAAAUCCAGACUAGCAUCACCUUCUUAUGUGGGAAAACUUUGGGAACUCCUGAAUUUGUAACUGCGACAGACUGUGUGCAUUACUUCGAGUGGAGGACCACUGCAGCCUGCAAGAAAGACAUAUUUAAAGCUAAUAAAGAGGUGCCGUGCUACGUUUUUGAUGGAGAGUUCAAGAAGCACGAUUUAAAUCCACUGAUCAAGAUUAGCGGAGGUUACUUGGUGGAUGACUCUGACCCGGACACUUCUCUGUUCAUCAACGUUUGUAGAGACAUAGACUCCCUACGGGACUCGAGUCCACAGUUGCGUGGCUGUCCCCGUGGCACUGCUGCCUGCCUGGUGAGGGGGGACCGGGCGUUUGAUGUCGGCCAGCCCAAGGAGGGCCUGAAGCUCGUGAGCAAGGACAGGCUUGUCCUGAGUUACAUGAAAGAAGAGGCCGGGGAGCUAGACUUCUGUGAUGGUCACAGCCCGGCGGUGACGAUCACGUUUGUCUGCCCGUCGGAGCGCAGAGAGGGCACCAUUCCCAAGCUCACAGCAAAAUCCAAUUGCCGCUACGAAGUCGAGUGGGUCACUGAGUACGCAUGCCACAGAGAUUAUCUGGAAAGCAGAACGUGUUCUCUGAGCAGCGAGCAGCACGAGGUCACCGUCGACCUCCAGCCACUCAGACAGGACAGAGCUUCAUCCUCCUCUUACUACACUUCCGACGGAAAGGAAUAUAUGUUUUACUUGAACGUCUGUGGAGAAGUUGAAUUGUCUUUCUGUAGUAAGAAAGAAGCUGCCGUUUGCCAAGUGAAGAAGUCCGAAUCCAGUCAAGUCAAAGUAGCAGGAAAAUACCAGAAUCAGACCCUCCGAUACUCCGAUGGAGACCUCACCUUGAUAUAUUUUGGAGGUGACGAAUGCAGCUCAGGCUUCCAGCGGAUGACUGUCAUAAACUUUGAGUGCAAUAAAACUGCAGAUCAUGACGGGAAAGGAGCGCCCAUCUUCACUGGGGAGGUAGACUGCACCUACUUCUUCACGUGGGACACCAAGUACGCCUGCAUCAAGGAGAAGGAGGACCUCCUCUGCAGUGUGACCGAGGACAAGAAGCGCUAUGACCUGUCUGCGCUGGCUCGGCACUCAGAACUGGAACGGAAUUGGGAAGCCGUGGAUGGCAGCCAGAGAGAAACAGACAAGAAGCAUUUCUUCAUCAACAUCUGCCACAAAGUGCUGCAGGAAGGCCAGGCCAGAGGCUGUCCCGAGGAUGCGGCCGUGUGCUCUGUGGAUAAGAGUGGAUUUAAAAAUCUAGGCAAAUUUAUUUCUUCUCCCACAAAAGAGAAAGGAAACAUUCAACUCUCGUAUUCAGACGGUGAUGAUUGUGGCCAUAAGAAAAUAACAACCAACAUAACACUUGUGUGCAAGCCAGGUGAUCUAGAAAGCGCUCCGGUGUUGACAACCUCUGGGGAUGGCGGCUGCUUCUAUGAGUUUGAGUGGCACACAGCUGCUGCCUGUGUACUGUCCAAGACAGAGGGCGAGAACUGCACAGUCUUUGAUUCCCAGGCAGGGUUUUCUUUUGAUUUAUCACCUCUCACGAAGAAAAAUGGUGCCUAUAAAGUUGAGACCGAGAAGUACGACUUUUACAUAAAUGUUUGUGGUGCGGUGUCUGUGAGUUUCUGCCAACCGGACUCCGGAGCCUGUCAAGUUUCAAAAAGUGAUAACAAGGCUUGGGACUUGGGACUGAGUAAUGCUAAACUUUCCUAUUACAACGGGAUGAUCCAGUUGAACUACAGAGACGGCACACCCUAUAACAACGAAAAGCAUACACCGAGAGCCACGUUGAUCACCUUCCUUUGUGACCGGGACGCGGGAGUCGGUCUCCCUGAGUAUCAGGAGGAAGACAACUCUACCUACAACUUCCGGUGGUACACCAGUUACGCCUGCCCGGAGGAGCCCCUGGAGUGUGUGGUGACCGACCCCUCUACGCUGGAGCAGUAUGAUCUCUCCAGCCUGGCAAAAUCCGAAGGUGGUCGUGGAGGAAACUGGUACGCCAUGGACAAUGCGGGCGAGCGCAGCACGUGGCGGAAAUACUACAUCAAUGUGUGUCGACCCCUGAACCCGGUGCCGGGCUGUGAUCGAUAUGCGUCGGCUUGCCAGAUGAAAUACAAGAACGAUCAGGGUUCCUUUUCUGAGACUGUCUCCAUCAGCAACUUGGGGGUCGCAAAGACGGGUCCCAUGGUGGAGGACAGCGGCAGCCUCCUUUUAGAGUACGUGAACGGCUCAGCGUGCACCACCAGCGACGGGAGGCUCACCACCUACACCACCAGGAUCCAUCUCGUCUGUUCCAGGGGCAGCCUGAAUACCCACCCCAUAUUUUCUCUCAGUUGGGAGUGUGUGGUUAGUUUCCUGUGGAACACAGAGGCUGCCUGUCCCAUCCAAAUCAUGACAGACACAAAACAGGCCUGUUCUAUAAGGGACCCGAACAGUGGGUUUGUGUUUGAUCUUAACCCAUUGAACGAUACCCAAGGAUAUGUGCUCUUAGGCAUUGGAAAGACUUUUGUGUUCAACGUGUGUGGCACAAUGCCAGCCUGUGGCACCUUCGAUGGAAAACCAGCCUCUGGCUGUGAGGCGGAAACCGAGACAAAAGACCUGAAGAAUCUGAAGCCAGAAAGGCAGGUUGGACUCGAGAAAACCCUCCAGCUGUCCACCGAGGGCUUUAUAACUCUGACCUACAAGGGGCCUCUUUACCCUUCCACAGGGACUGCUGAUGCUUUUAUCAUCCGCUUUGUUUGCAACGAUGAUGCCUACCCAGGAACCCCCAAGUUCCUGCAUCAGGACAUUGACUCUGGCCGGGGAAUCCGAGAUACUUUCUUUGAGUUUGAGACCGCACUGGCCUGUGUCCCUUCUCCAGUGGAUUGCCAGGUCACGGACCUCGCUGGAAACGAGUACGAUCUGAGCGGCUUAAGCCAAGUAAGGAAGCCCUGGGCGGCUGUAGACACCUCCGCGGAUGGGAGAAAGAGAACUUUCUAUUUGAGCGUUUGCACUCCCCUCCCUUAUAUUCCUGAAUGUCAUGGCAGCGCAGUGGGGUCUUGCCUGGUAUCAGAAGACAAAAGCCAGAACCUGGGCGUGGUACAGAUCAGCCCUCAGGCCGCAGGCAACGGGUCUCUGAGUAUCGUCUACGUCAAUGGCGACAGGUGUGGGAACCAGCGCUUCUCGACCAGGAUAAUGUUCGAGUGUGCUCAGACUUCGGGAUCACCAACAUUUCAGCUUCUGGAUGAUUGUGAGUACGUGUUCGUCUGGAGAACGGUGGAAGCCUGUCCUGUCGUCAGAGUGGAAGGAGACAACUGUGAGGUGAAGGACCCGAGACAUGGCAACUUGUACGACCUGAAGCCUCUGGCCGUCAAUGACACGGUCGUGAGUGCUGGGGAGUACACCUAUUAUUUCCGGGUCUGUGGAAAGCUGUCCUCAGACGUCUGCUCCACGGAUGACAAGUCCAAGGUGAUCUCAUCGUGUCAGGAAAAGCGGGGAGCCCUGGGAUUUCACAAAGUGGCAGGCCUCCUCACUCAGAAGUUGACUUAUGAGAACGGCUUGUUGAAAAUGAACUACACCGGGGGGGACACUUGCCACAAGGUGUACCAGCGCUCCACAACCAUCUUCUUCUACUGCGACCGUAGCACGCAGAGGCCGGUAUUUCUCAGGGAGACCUCGGAUUGCUCCUACGUGUUCGAGUGGCGAACGCAAUAUGCCUGCGCACCUUUUGACGUGACCGAGUGUUCAUUCAAAGACGGGGCUGGCAACACCUUCGACCUCUCGUCACUGGCAAGGUACAGUGACAACUGGGAAGCCGUCACGAGGACAGGGGCCACUGAGCACUACCUCAUCAACGUUUGCAAGUCUCUGUCUCCCCAGGCUGGCUCGGAGCCAUGCCCUCCGGAAGCGGCCGUGUGUCUCCUGGGUAGCUCCAAGCCCGUGAACCUCGGCCGGGUGAGGGACGGGCCACAGUGGAAAGACGGCAGCACCAUCCUGAAGUACGUUGAUGGGGACUCGUGUCCAGACCAGAUUCGGAAAAAGUCGACCACCAUCCGAUUCACCUGCAGUGAGAGCCAAGUCAACUCCAGGCCCAUGUUCAUCAGCGCGGUGGAGGACUGUGAGUACACCUUCUCCUGGCCCACAGCCGCCGCCUGUCCUGUGAGGAGCAAUGUGCACGACAACUGCCAGGUCACCAACCCUGCCACAGGACAUCUGUUUGACCUGAGCUCUUUAAGUGGCAAAUCCGGGUACACGGCCGCAUACAGCGAGAAGGGGCUCGUGUACAUCAGCGUGUGCGGGGAGAACGAGAACUGCUCUCCUGGCGUGGGGGCCUGCUUUGGGCAGACCAGGAUCAGCGUGGGCAAGGCGAACAAGAGGCUGACGUACGUGGACCAGGUCUUACAGCUGGUGUACGAGGACGGGUCGCCCUGUCCGUCCAAAUCCGGCCUCACCUACAAGAGCGUCAUCAGCUUCGUGUGCAGGCCUGAGGCCGGGCCCACCAACCGGCCCAUGCUUAUCUCUCUCGACAAGCAGACGUGCACGCUCUUCUUUUCCUGGCACACGCCUCUGGCCUGCGAGCAGGUGACGGAAUGCUCCGUGAGGAACGGAAGCUCCAUUAUUGACCUGUCCCCACUCAUCCACCGUACGGGGGGCUACGAGGCGUAUGACGAGAGCGAGGACGACACUUCUGACACCGGCCCCGAUUUCUACAUCAACAUCUGCCAGCCUCUGAACCCCAUGCACGGGGUGCCUUGUCCUGCCGGGGCAGCUGUGUGCAAGGUUCCCGUUGACGGUGCCCCCAUAGAUAUUGGUCGAGUCACAGGACCUCCGAUACUCAACCCCAUAGCUAAUGAAGUUUACUUGAAUUUUGAAAGUAGUACUCCCUGCCUAGCAGACAAGCAUUUCAACUACACCUCCCUGAUCGCAUUUCACUGUAAGAGAGGCGUGAGCAUGGGAGUUCCCAUGCUGCUGAGGACCAGUGACUGUGACUUUGUGUUCGGGUGGGAGACCCCACUGGUCUGUCCCGACGAAGUGCGGGUGGACGGCUGCUCCCUGACGGACGAGCAGCUGCAUUACAGCUUCAACCUGUCCAGCCUUUCCAAGGUCCCCUUCAAGGUGACUCGGGACUCACGCACCUACAGCGUGGGGGUAUGCACCGCGGCGGCGGGCCCGGAGCAAGGAGGCUGUAAGGACGGAGGUGUCUGCCUGCUCUCUGGGACCAAGGGGGCAUCUUUUGGACGGCUGGCGUCGAUGAGGCUGGAUUAUAGGCACCAGGACGAAGCUGUCAUUUUAAGUUACGCCAAUGGAGAUAAUUGUCCUCCAGAAACUGAGGAAGGUGACCCCUGUGUGUUCCCCUUCAUAUUCAACGGGAAGAGCUACGACGAGUGCGUUCUGGAGGGCAGGGCGAGGCUCUGGUGCUCCACCACCGCGGACUACGACAGAGACCACGAGUGGGGCUUCUGCAGACAUUCAAACAGCCACCGGACGUCCGCGAUCAUCUUCAAGUGUGACGAGGACGCUGAUAUCGGGAGGCCACAAGUCUUCAGUGAAGUUCGUGGCUGUGAGGUGACAUUUGAAUGGAAGACGAAAGUUGUGUGCCCCCCAAAGAAGAUGGAGUGCAAGUUCAUCCAGAAGCACAAAACCUAUGACUUAAGGCUGCUGUCCUCGCUCACCGGCUCCUGGUUCUUUGUCCACGAAGGAGUCUCGUACUAUAUAAAUCUGUGCCAGAAAAUAUAUAAAGGGCCCCUCGACUGCUCGGACCGAGCCAGCAUCUGCAAAAAGAGCGCAUCUGGUGUCGUCCAGGUCUUGGGGCUCGUUCACACGCAGAAGCUGGACGUCAUAGGUGACAAAGUCAUCGUAACUUAUUCAAAAGGUUAUCAGUGUGGGGAGAAUAAGACCGCCUCUGCCGUCAUCGAGUUGACCUGUGCAAAGACAGUGGGCAGACCUUCGUUCAAGAGGUUCGACUUGGACAGUUGCACUUACUACUUCGGCUGGGACUCUCGGGCUGCCUGUGCCGUGAAGCCCCAGGAGGUGCGGAUGGUGAACGGGACCAUCACCAACCCUAGAAAUGGCAAGAGCUUCAGCCUCGGAGAUAUUUAUUUUAAGCUGUUCAGUGCCUCUGGGGACAUGAGGACAAAUGGGGACAAGUACCUGUAUGAAAUCCAGCUUUCCUCCAUCACGAGCUCCAAAAACCCGGCGUGCUCUGGGGCCAACAUCUGCCAGGUUAAACCAAAUGACCAACACUUCAGCAGGAAAGUUGGAACUUCUGAUAAAACCAAAUACUAUGUUCAAGACGGGGAUCUAGAUGUGGUGUUUGCCUCGUCCUCUAAGUGCGGAAAAGACAAGACGAAGUCUGUGUCUUCCACCAUCUUCUUCCACUGCGACCCUCUGGUGAAGGACGGGAUCCCCGAGUUCAGCCACGAGACCGCCGACUGCCAGUAUCUCUUCUCUUGGUACACCUCUGCCGUGUGUCCCCUAGGGGUGGGCCUUGAUGGUGACGGUGCGGGCGAGGACACGCAGGAGCACAAGGGGCUGUCGGAGAGAAGCCAGGCGGUCGGGGCUGUGCUGAGCCUGCUGCUCGUGGCGCUCACUGGCUGUCUGCUGACCCUGCUGCUCUACAAGAAGGAAAGGAGGGAGACGGUGGUUAGCAGGCUGAGCAGCUGCUGCAGGAGGAGUGCCAGCGUGUCCUACAAAUACUCGAAGGUGAACAAGGAGGAGGAGGCGGAUGAGAACGAAACCGAGUGGUUGAUGGAAGAGAUCCAGGUGCCGACCCCAAGGCCCGGGAAGGAAGGGCAGGAAAACGGCCACAUUACCACGAAGUCCGUGAAGGCCGAAGCCCUCACCUCCCUGCACGGGGACGACCAGGACAGCGAGGACGAGGUCCUGACCAUCCCAGAGGUGAAAGUGCAGGCGGGCAGGGGGACCGGGGCAGCGAGCGUGCAGCACGGGAGGAACGCGCAGAGGAAGGGGCUUCGGGAGAGCGCGGAUGGCGCGGGGGUGCUGGUGAGAGGGGACAGGGCCCGCAGAGGGAGGCCCAGGCCCGCACAGCAGAAGCCCGCACAGCCCGGCAGCCUGGCGUCCUUCCACGACGACAGCGACGAGGACCUCUUACACAUCUAGUCUCCUGGCGCCUACAGGGGACGCGGGUCCGUGGCGUCGCCGAGCACCUCCAACCAAAUAAGACUUCAGUUCGAUGAUGCUUCUAUCAUUUUUGCCUUUAACAAGAACUGUCUCAAAAGGGAAGAGUUUUUGUGAUGGGGGAGAGGGUGAGGAGGUCAGGUUUACGGUCCUCGGAACGUGGCUCUGCCCCUGUUGUGGGGGCGGUGCAGGGCCCCGGGUUUUGUCCCCAGUCCUCAGAAGCAUGGCUGCCGUGCGCUUCGUAACGUGCGCCCGGGCCAGAUGCAUCUUGGAACAGAGGGCUGUGUAUUUGAGAAAAACCCUUGCUGCUUUAGGCCCUGUGGGGUAUUUGACCAUUAUAUUUUAGCAUUUAAUUCUCUCCUCCUAUUUAUUGACUUUGACAAUUACUCAGGUUUGCAAAAAAGGAAAAACGAAAAAAAAACACAAAAAACAAAAAACAAAACAAAAAAAACAAACAACCCAACAGUUUCUUCGUGACAGCGGGGGUGACCGUGGUUCAUCCCCGGUCGGGAGGGGAAACUGUCGGUGUGCUAGGAAAGUCCAUAUGAGAUUUUGAACUGGUCAAUAAUGUAGCCUGUAAGUUAGAAUGCUCCAAUCUGUCCCUUCCUUUUUGCUUCCUGUUUCUUAAGGGAACACGCACGUGCGCGCACACACACACGUGCACGCGCACACGCAUGUGCAGGGUCCCCGAGUGCCUAGGCUUUGGAGGGUUCGCCUGCUCUCUGCCCUUAGUCAGUAACGGCUGCAGCGUUUUGCAUGACAUCUUCAAUCCUAGGUGCACAGAGCACACUUAUCAGUAUUUCUUUCACCGGCUGGUGAAUUCAAACAACCCACCCAAAGAUUAUUUUUGUGUGUGUGUGAGGAUGGAGUUGAGAUGUCAGAGAAAAUAACUUUCCUCCAGAUUUGGGGGAUAGGUCUCACCUCUUCAGGUUCUCAUGAUACCACCUUUACUGUGCUUAUUUUUUUAAGAAAAAAAAGUGUUUAUCAACCAUCCGACCUAUAAGAAGCCUUAAUUUGCACAGUGCGUGACUUACGGAAAUUGCAUGAAAGCCGAUGGGCCAGCAUCUCGCCCUAGCGUUGCACUUGGGGAUCCCGCUCUGGGGGUGCUGGGGUCGGCCUCUCGGUGCUGCGGGACUGGAGGGCGGGGCCGCUGUCCUUCCCUCGCUGUUGGCACCUUUCUCGAAGUGUUUAAUGAAUGACUUUUCUCGAAUUCUAGAAUUGUACAUAGACUCAGUGGUAUUCAUGUACUGAGAAAACCACCCUAUGGUGGUUCCUUGGUUUGUACUCCGUUUGGCUGGCUAAUUUGAUUUCAACAUGAGUGUAUUUUUUAAAAUUGAUUUCUUUCCUCAUUUUUUUUCAAUCAAAUUUACUGUAAUAUAAAGUAUUCAACAAUUUCAAUAAAAGAUAAAUUAUUA